AUGGGGACGGCGCUGGAUGCGCUGUCGGCCCCGCCGUUGAAUGUCCGUCGCCCUGCGGCCCCGACACUGCCCAGCUUCGAGCUGCCGCCGCCGCCCUUCACCUUGGCCGCCGCGCCCAAGUACGCGCAACCCAGUCAUCCGCCAGUCUCGCAUCCGGCAAAUGUGAGCGUGGGAAAUCUUCUAACACCGCCCGCCACCAAUCAACCGGAACACGCCACCCCGCAGCCUUUGGCACCUUCAACGGGCGCCUCAGCGGACCUGCCACCGGCAUAUUGGUCAGGGGCCAACCCGUACGGUCAAACCUGGGGAUCCGGGGUGAAUGCAGUCUAUCCACCUCGAAGCUCGUUUUCGCCUUCAUCGGGCAUGCACAUUCGCUCAUCAAUAACAUCACCCCCGACGACGGAUGGCUUAUCCCAUCCAUAUGAGGCUCCUUCAGUAUCCUAUCAAGCGCUCCCGGCACCUUCGACUCUGGCUCCCUCCAGCCAACAACAUAUGGCUAUGUAUUCGGGGGGUCACGCCACCUCUCCGGCGCCGCUCUCAUCCAACGAUCCAUAUGCCCCCAAACACCAGCAUAUGUAUGCCGCUUCUCCGCCGAUGGCGAGUCCACACCAAACCGGAUUUUCGCCCAUGUAUGGUCCAGGAGGACUCGGGAUUCACCCACCAGGCCGCAUUCCUGCUCACAGCCCAACUGGGGGGCAACCCCCUCUAGCAUAUCCCCGUCAGCCGUGGCCAUCAUACUCGCUUCCUGCGAUGAAUGGGCCGGUGAUGACCAAUGUCCACAGCCCGGGAGGUCCCAUGUCCAUGAUGGGCAUGCAGCCUGGUCUUUUACCGGGAUUCAACAGUGGACACGUCGCAAGCUCCCAGCACAUGUACGGGGGCCAUCCCCCUCCCCACGGCAUGUCUGCUCCGGCCGCCGACCGACCAUUCAAGUGCGACCAGUGCCCGCAAAGCUUCAAUCGAAACCAUGAUUUGAAGCGCCACAAGCGGAUCCAUCUCGCUGUGAAGCCUUUCCCUUGCUCACACUGUGACAAGAGCUUUUCGCGGAAAGACGCUCUCAAGCGACAUAUUCUGGUUAAAGGCUGUGGAAAGGAUGGCGACUCAGAUGCGAAUAGCACUCAAGCCGGAGGCGACAUCAAAGGGGAAGGACGGAGUGAGGACGGCAGUCCUAUUCUCAAUGGGCGGGUUUAG